AUGUUCAUCGAGAGCUUCCGCGUGGAGAGCCCGAACGUGCGGUACGGCGCGGGGGAGAUCGAGUCGGAGUACCGCUACGACACGACGGAGCUGGUGCACGAGAGCCACGACGGCGCCUCCAAGUGGGUCGUCCGCCCCAAGUCCGUCAACUACCACUUCAAGACCAACACCACCGUCCCCAAGCUCGGGGUGAUGCUUGUGGGGUGGGGCGGCAACAAUGGCUCCACACUCAUGGCUGGGGUCAUCGCCAACAGGGAUGUCUCAUUUGAGGCUGAUGGCGAGUUUAAUCAAUUUAGGGGGAUCUCAUGGGCGACCAAGGACAAGGUGCAGCAGGCCAACUACUUUGGGUCCCUCACCCAGGCCUCCACCAUCAGGGUCGGGAGCUACAACGGAGAGGAGAUCUAUGCGCCCUUCAAGAGCCUCCUGCCCAUGGUAAACCCAGAUGACCUUGUGUUUGGGGGCUGGGACAUUAGCAGCAUGAACCUGGCUGAUGCUAUGACCAGGGCCAAGGUGCUGGACAUUGACCUGCAGAAGCAGCUCAGGCCCUACAUGGAGUCCAUCGUGCCACUCCCCGGCAUCUAUGACCCGGACUUCAUCGCUGCCAACCAGGGCUCCCGGGCUAACAAUGUCAUCAAGGGCACAAAGAAAGAGCAGAUGGAGCAGAUUAUCAAAGACAUAAGGGAGUUCAAGGAGAAGAACAAGGUGGACAAGGUAGUGGUGCUUUGGACGGCAAACACUGAAAGGUACAGCAACGUCUCUGUUGGGCUUAAUGACACGAUGGAGAACCUCUUGGCGUCUGUGGACAAGAACGAGGCAGAGAUAUCUCCGUCAACACUGUAUGCCAUCGCCUGCGUCAUGGAGGGUGUGCCAUUCAUCAACGGGAGCCCUCAGAACACCUUUGUGCCUGGGCUGAUCGAUCUUGCUAUUAAGAACAACUGCCUGAUUGGUGGCGAUGAUUUCAAGAGUGGCCAGACCAAGAUGAAAUCUGUCUUGGUGGAUUUCCUUGUUGGUGCUGGAAUCAAGCCCACCUCAAUUGUCAGCUACAACCAUCUGGGGAACAACGAUGGGAUGAACCUAUCUGCGCCGCAGACAUUCCGUUCCAAGGAGAUCUCCAAGAGUAACGUGGUGGAUGACAUGGUCUCGAGCAAUGCUAUCCUCUACGAGCCCGGGGAACAUCCUGACCACGUCGUCGUGAUCAAGUAUGUGCCAUACGUUGGAGACAGCAAGAGGGCCAUGGACGAGUACACCUCGGAGAUCUUCAUGGGCGGCAAGAGCACCAUCGUGCUCCACAACACCUGCGAGGAUUCGCUCCUCGCCGCACCGAUCAUUCUUGAUCUGGUGCUCCUGGCCGAGCUCAGCACCAGGAUUCAGCUGAAGGCCGAGGGAGAGGACAAGUUCCACUCCUUCCAUCCGGUUGCCACCAUCCUGAGCUACCUCACCAAGGCACCCCUUGUUCCUCCUGGCACGCCGGUGGUGAACGCCCUGGCGAAGCAGAGGGCCAUGCUGGAGAACAUCAUGAGGGCGUGCGUCGGCCUGGCGCCCGAGAACAACAUGAUCCUGGAGUACAAGUGA